AUGCCAUGUCAUAGUGAAAGAUGUCACAAUAAAUCGAAAGUGCAUCUCACUAGAUAUUCACAUGGUGAAAAAAUUAACGAACCAGGAGGAACUGAACAAUCGCAAGCAAGUUCAAUCGAUCCACCAAUACAAAAUGUUCGAAAUAUGCCGAGCUCGAAUAAAGUUGAUGAACAAAAAAAAGAAUGUUACUAUGGUCUAAAUUGCCGACAUUUGAAUAGACCUGAACACUGUAAGGAAUUUUCUCAUUCAGCUGUUAAUCAACCCGUUGCUAGAGCUGACCGACAACCUUGCCGAUUCAAUCCAGAUUAUCAUGAUCGAAAUCCUUGA